UACGUCUCUCUCCGACGUUUAUCCGAGUUAUUCAUAAGGCUCGCCCAAAGAAGGGAAGAAAACAAGAAUUUUAUAUUUAGAUCAAAUUGCUUUUUAUCUAUCGAAUUCUGCUCAUAUUUAUGUAAUGGCAGCCUAUCCAUGGCGAUAUUACGUUUUUGUUUCCACGUUAUUUUGUUUAUUCUUUAAUAAUGUUCAAGUAGUUUCCGCAGUUUCAUUUUUUACACCUAAAUCCGAUGGCUCUGUUCAAGUUGAAGGCAGACCGUUUCAACUUCAGUGUAUCUUUGACGCCAGUGACCAUCUAGAAAUUGAUCUUUCACAACGAACAGUUAUAUGGAAACGUCCAGACAAACCAUCAACUGAACUAGGUGUAAAAAUUGAUGACAAUAGCAAAUAUGGAAACAUUACUUUAGAUCGAAAUAAAACAUUUUUGAGAAGCACGUUGUAUGUUCCUGAACCUCCAGCUUACCUAACAUUUCAAAGAGCAGAUUACGAAUGUGUGUUAGACCCUAAAGUCGAUUCAAAAAAAUAUGUGAACACUCACAAUUUUCCCAUCAAAGUUUUAAAAGCAAAAGCUGUGCCCAGUGUAACAACACCAACUUUAAAGCCAGCCAAACAUGAAGAAACUGUCAUGUUAAAUUGCUCUGUGACUUAUACUAAUACAGACCCACUUACAUCACAAUUAAUGCUGAACUUGACAUGGAAAAACGAUAUGAAAAAAUUUGGGUUCAAAAAUGUAAACUAUUUACAGGGAACACACACAGUUUCAUUCAAUCAUCCUUUGACUGUGAGAAGCUCUACUGAUGGCGGAGUCUAUACUUGCCAAUGGACAUUAAAACGCCUAAGUGAUGAACUUCGUGGACAAAGCUCAGUAUUUUUAAGUAUUUUGCCAUAUCUAUUGGGUAGUCAAAGGAAGGAGGAAAAAGUUUGCUGGUGAUGAUGUUACACUUAAAUGUGAUGUGAUUGGUUAUCCCAUUACUUAUAAAUGGACAGUUGAAAACGAGCCAUCUUUUAUCUUGAUAAACGUAUAACAAUCAGAAAUUCUACGUUGUCCAUCAAAGAUAUUGAUUAUAAAGAUCGUAAAGAAUAUAUCUGUACUGGUGUAUUUAGUAACACAACAUUAAAGCAGAUAAUAGUUCUUCGUGUCAAAGUAGUUGUGACAAACGUUGUUCGUAAACCAGCGCCGCUGAGCGCGAGCAAAUGAGAGUGUACUUGGGCUUGAAAAAACAGUCUUCAUUAUCAUUGUAUCUGUGGUUUGCGUUCUUGUUAUCGCCAUUGUCGUGAUUGUCGUGGUUAUUUUUUGGUUUCGUCGUAAGAGGAAAAAUACCAGAAGUGAAGAACAAAGUUAUCGAGUGCCUAGUAGAGAGAAUCUGAUGACUUUGGAGAAAAUGUAAGACUUCAUUAAAGACGAAAUUGAUGUACGUAUAUAUCAUAAACAAUCAUACAUUUGCUUCAAAGAAAGCUAACGAAACUCUCACACAACAUAUUCGAUAAAAUGACAGGAACACUUAUGUAUUAAAUGAUAAAUGUUUUAUUGUAAAGCUCCUCAUUUGUUAUAAACAAUGCGUUAUGGAGUGUAUUGUAAUUUUAUAAACUUGACUAAAUUGUUUUUAUGUGGAGAAAA